GAAACCGUCAUAGUGGUGAAGUCAUCCGCGGGCACACCAUUAAUGUAGUAAUUUGUGGCAUGACAUGUGUAUGGUGUAAAGAUAUGGACUGUGGGCAUGGGAGUGGGUGGUUUAGCUGAUAAAAGUUCUAUGUUCCAGUUUUAACCUUCAAAUAAUAGCCAAAGAAGUUCAGAAGUUGAGCAGCAUGGGAAAGAAGUUCCUGAUUUAAUAUUCACGGAAUUAUUGAUUGAUGUACUGAUACAGAAUUGAAUCAUUUCAUUGCAGUUUAAUGCAUUUAGUAGUAUCGUGAAAAGGAGCAUAAUUAUUAUUAUUAUUAUUGAAGGAAACUUCCAUAACCUUAAAUUCGCGAUCAGAAAUCAUGAGUGAAACACGGUUAUCAAGAUGGUACUUCGGAGGUUUAGCAUCAGCAGGGGCAGCAUGUUGCACACAUCCUCUUGAUUUGCUCAAGGUACACCUUCAGACGCAGCAAGAAGGAAAGCUCUCGAUAUUAAGACUGACUUUAAAAAUUGUUGAAGAACAGGGUGUGGUUGCGCUCUACAAUGGAUUGUCAGCAUCAUUGUUACGUCAGCUAACAUAUUCCACUACAAGAUUUGGUAUAUAUGAAGUUACUAAGCAGGCUAUUGCUCCGUCAGGAGAAAACAUCCCAUUUUAUCAGCGUGUUGGAAUGGCAUCACUUGCUGGGGCAGUUGGUGGUUUGGUGGGGACUCCUGCUGAUAUGGUCAAUGUUAGGAUGCAGAAUGAUAUCAAACUGCCUGCUGAGUCCAGAAGAAAUUACAGACAUGCAUUUGAUGGUUUGAUACGGGUUUAUCGAGAAGAGGGUACCCAGCGCCUGUUUUCAGGAGCAUCCACUGCCACUGGUCGAGCUGUACUUAUGACAGUUGGCCAGUUGUCGUUUUACGACCAAGUGAAGAUGUUACUACUCAGAGCUGGCUUCUCAGAUAAUCUCGUUACUCAUUUUCUUUCUAGUCUCACAGCUGGAGCUGUAGCCACUACACUAACACAACCACUUGAUGUGCUGAAAACAAGGGCAAUGAAUGCAAAGCCCGGUGAAUUCGCCAGUAUGUGGCAUUUGAUCAAGUACACAGCAAAACUUGGACCUCUUGGAUUUUUUAAGGGUUAUGUCCCAGCUUUUGUGCGCCUGGGACCUCACACAAUCCUCACAUUUGUAUUUCUGGAGCAGCUGCGAAAGAAUUUUGGUAUCAGCCCGUCAUUGUAGGUUGGUAAUAAUCUGAGGGAAGGCCUGUUCUCUUUGUCUCAUAGACGUGUAUUUGUUUAGUCAGUAAAUGUCGAUCAGCUAUAGAACUAUGUUCUAUAUUUUAUAUACUUCCAAAAACAUUUAUGUUUCAGUGGUGCUAGACCUGUUAUAAGCCUGUGCUACCUGUUAAAACUGCCCUGCUGUGCUAUGUGAUAUCAUGCUUUAGAGUAAAGAUUUUACACAUCUCUGUUCCAGAGGAAUCGUCAGCCUUUAGUUGAAUGUGAUUGAACUUUUUUUUCAGUUAUGAAACUUGUUUACGUUACCAUUUUCAAUAUUCAAGUCAUGAAACUCUAUAUGCAGUGCAGGUGUUUAAUAUGAUGCAUAUUGAAUAUUUUCUCAGAAAUAAAUAACACAAUUUUGAAAUAUGAAAACCUGCACACUUUUGAACCAGUGAUUAUGUUUACAGUAAACUUGUACAUUUAUCACAAAAUUUAAAGUCAGACAUUGCUCAGGACCUCAUGAUGAAUUACAUGCAAUAAAUCCCUUGCCCAUUUAUUUUACCCAUGUGCCUUAAAUUUCUCUUUCUUUGUAGUUUCUCAUGUGAGACUCUACUGACCUCCAUCCAACAGAAGUGCCACUUCAGGUGCUUAAUUUUUAAUGUAGGGUGAUACAGCAGGGACGAUUUCAUUCCGUAGCAUUGACUGCUUAUUGCUUAUGUUGGUGUAAGUGUAUGUUAGUAAUAAAUAUGUAAAGGCAGGUUCAAAACUAAUAUGCCGUUGUCAGAAUAAGGUACCAAAGAUGAAAAAGAAAAAUGAAAAAUAAUGAAAUACUGUAUGUCGAUGGUGCUAAUUUCUCAUUGCUUGCUGCUACUGUGGCACAUGCUUUUACCACUUUUACUAUAUAAUAUGAGUUGAAUAAUUAUUAUCAUUGUCUGUUGAAUUUAACACAUAUUCUGUGACCAGAGCUGUCCCUAGGUAGCGUGAGGGGUGGCCACUUUACUUUUCCAGGCCUUACGCAUAAUCACGAAAGUAUGUAAAGUCUUAUGUCGUGUCUGAGAUUUCAGUCUACCAACAUUAUGUAUUAGUUAUUUCAAGUUAAAUUGAAAUCUCGAUUAGUCUGAUUGUUUAUGUCAUUAUUUAUUAUUAGUAUGACUUAAUUACCUAAGGCUUUGAAAGGCUAUAUUGACCAUUAGGAAGGCAUAUUAUUGUUGUCAACAAAGUAAUUGAAUGGGUAUAGACGAAUUUGACCCAGUCCCCACAUUCCCCUAGGGAUGGCCCUGUCCGUGAUUACUUAUAAACUAUAUGUUUUGUUGUUUAGUUUUUUAAUGCAUUUAUUUUAACAUGACCAAAUGGUAAUACAAGGCUUUAUAUAUAUGCUUAAAGAAAUUAAUCUGUAAUGGGGCUUCCACCAGGGAAUAACAUCCGCCGUUGUAGUCCUAACAGUAAGACUGGGGCACACAAUACAUACAUUUUAGAAUAAUUUGUCGCAAUGUACCCUGUUGUUAAAUACUGGGUAUGGUAUAAUACUUUAUUUUCUAGCAUAACAAUAUUUAUUAAAACUCUGAAAUAUCCUGGUCACAAACACUAGAUAUCUGCUUCAAUAUUGUAUGUUGGUAUAAUAAUGUCAGUUAAAACAUUGUCUCUUCGAAACUUUACCAUUUCACUACCAUGGGUACAUAUGAGUAACAUAUGACAUUUAGUGAUGAACAGAGAGGAGUAAGCAAAUAACAGAAACAUGGACAACGUUGGCAGAAUGUGUUCUACGAGCAGAGUUUACAUUUCUUGUGCACUUCAUAUUUCAGCAUCAAGGCAAAAGAAAAUGCUUCUACUUUUUUCAUCAUCACUUAAAUCACAAAAUUUGAAUUGUUCAAUUGGAAAUUGUGUACAAAAGGAGACAUAUCUCUUUACUGAAAAAGCUCUCUGGUUGUCUGUCUCUUUAGGCUUGUGAGUAAGUAGGAUUUUUAAAUUGGGAGAUUAUCAGUUAUCUGCUGCCUACUUUGAUGCUAGAAAUGCAGUGAUGAGACCUUCAGACUUGCCUGAGUUGCUUACUGUCUGGUCCUUCGUCUUUUUUGGCUCGUCCGACAAGUGCGGCCCCUUGCAGUAGCUAUAUGCCUCUGCUACUUGAUUUCUAUGUUGAAGCUAAUGAACAGAUUUUAAAUUCACAUUUCCAUCACUUGUUAUUUAGUACAAAGUACAAAAUGUUUACAUUUUAAUUUUAAUUUUCUUGUUACUAUUACGUAUAAUUUGUGUGGGUUAGUUUGUUUUGUCACCAUUUUGGGAUUUCUAUAUGUAUGAAUGUGAAAAAAAUUAACUGAACAGAUUUUAGAGAAAGUGGAGGUAAGGCCUAUUUAUACACAAGUUGUUUCAAAGUGAUGAUUGUUGUUUUCAACAUUCAGUAUACAUCAGAACUGAAAUUGUUGUCAUCGUCUAAAUAUUAGAAAGUAAUAUGCAAAGUUUCUAUGUCUGUUUGACUGGAACUUAUCCAUAGCUGUUAUAUUCAGUGAGAAAAUUAAUAUGUACAUAUUUAAGCUACAAAGUUGUAUAAAUGUUACAGUAAGAAAGCUGCAAAGUCAGUAUGCAUGACACUGUGAAUCUUCUGAUAUUUGUGGGGGAGUUGGUGUAUUUAAAAUUAAUAUAGUCUACCUUGUAUAAGCGUGUGUUAAUGCACUAGGUGUUGUAUUUUGUCAACUGUUUGUAAAUUACAAAAUAUCUGUCCAUGAUUUACCAGCUCUCCAUCUAUCUAUUGCUGUACAAAAUGUUAAUGUAACCAUCCACGGCUGUCCACAGUCAUUGUGUGUUCUCUCUAUGAAGUGCAUAAAAUAAGCACAUACUGUAGAGGUUAUGUCUGUCUAUUUGGAAAUUUAUCAUGUGAAUUUAAUUUUGAUUUGAAUUAGUCCAGCAUGAGUGUAGUACCACUCUUACGUGAAAUUGAAGAUUAUCACUUUUCUCAAAAACUGUUCAUCUUACAAAAAAUAUUGUUACUUGGUAUUAAAUAUAAAACUGCAGAUUGACCAAAUAUAUCAGUGGGCCAUAUUCUUUCAUCUAGUGGUUGUGGAAGAAUUUCAUAAACAUUAUUUCAUCCAUAAUCUAUGAUGACAUUAAACUGUGAGAGAAAAGUGUACGUGAAUGACAGGUUCUGCAGAUAACCUCUUUGAUCUGAAAUAGGCAGUAGGUCAUAGUCAGUUGUAAAAGAUUCUUCCUUACCAAAGAGUGGAGAGUUGGUACCUAUAUUUGUGGUGUGGGGUUUUAUGAAUUUCAAAGUAUAAUCAUGUUUUUACGCCGUAUUAAACUUGCAUACAUAUUAUUGUAGUUUAUAUAUAAGUUAUAACAAGUAAUAUAUAUUACAAACCUGUAUUUUCAGGAGAAUUUUCUUUUAAUAUAGUUAUAUAUUUUGAUGACAAAUAUAUGGUAAAUUUAUUAUAUACAUGAAAUUAAUGUGAUAAAAGAACCUAUGUGACAUAUUUUGAACAUGCUUACAUUCCGAAUUCUUAUUAUUAUAAAGUUCUUCAUGUUAAAUUAUUGGUCACAGUGUUCCGGGACUUCAUGGUCACAAUGUUUCAUGACAAGAUUUAGGCUUUUAUGAACUCGGGGUUGGCAUACUUAGAGAUUAAGUCUUAUCAGAAUCAUCAGCACAAGCAUUCCUGUACUUGGCAGCUGAUGUUAAAACAUAAGCAUAUCUCUUCAACAAAAGAUGUGGACUCUUACCUACAUAUCUUAACAACAAGAAAAAUUAUUGAAUUGCAAUAUAAUGUAUUUACUUUCCACAAUUAAAUAUUAUAUCGUGUCCAUAAAUAGAAUUCUGUUGACGUAAGACUUGUGUCUGUACUGAAUGUCACUUUACUGUUGAGUGGAGCACUCAUUAUUCAUAUUCAGGAGGUCGCAGGUUCAAAUCACAGCCUGGAGUUUAGCUGUCCUCACUGAGGUUUCUUGGUGAUUUUCCUCAGUCGCACAUGUGCCAGGAUAUCUUAAAAUAGGCCAUGGCCAUUUCCACAUUCUUUCCAGAUGCUCAUUCACAAAUAAUCUUUACAUUCAGUGCUACAUAAUGUAGGCAGUUGACUGUGUUGUUAAAUAAACCAACAAUUAACCAAUCACACAGUGAACUUGUUUGUGACCCAAGAUACAAGUAAUUUUUUUUAUCUUAUUGUUUAGUACAUUUUGCCAUUAUUAAAUAUUGGUUAAUGUUACUGAAGUGCAUAAGUCCUAGUCUUAUGUAACUAAAGAAAACAGUAUAUCUUUUUAAUUGCCUUGGUAGUUCUGUUUACUGCGUGUAAUUUUUGGCAAGUUUGAAUAUAAAAUAUUAAACACAUGAAAAGAGACCUGUAAGAUUUAUGUAUACUUUAAAUUGGUGCUUUUGUACAAAGUGUAAUAAUGAAAUAUCUGUAAGCUGUUAUCAACAUGGAUUACUGUUUUCUGAGAAAUGAGUUUCAUGUUUUUAAAACUUCUGAAUUGAUUAUCCUGUAUCAUUGCAUGAAUCAGUCUCUGCUUCUGUUCUGUUUUUGUUAAAAUCUUAUUCCGAAUUAUGGGUUUUAUAAUAAAUCUAACCUCAGAUAAUAUAUAUAUGUGUAAAAUAAGUUAUUAAAUGUGAAGGAGUUAUGUGCGGUAACAUAAUGAUAGUCUUUUUAUUAUUAUGAGAUGCAUUUAUAUUUGUACAGAUUCCUUAACAGAGUUAUUCUAUACAUGUGCAAUAAUCGUAUGUAAAACAUUUUUGAAAUCUUAAAUACAUUUUAUAACUGUUAAAUAAUAUGCUAAGGAAUAUUAUCAACAAAUAUUAUUUGGUUAAAUUAUGAAAAUAUAACUUUUUCUCAUAACUGUUUUCAUACUCAUAUCAUCAUGUUCAUACUGUACAUGACUCAAGGGAAGAGGCAAAUGCAGUAAUGACGGUGAGAGAUAUGAAUGCCCUAGGCAGCUGGUAGACUGGCAUCAGGGUAGUCUGCAAAACAUAAGAGUGGCAUGGGAUGGAAUACAUAAUAAAGUAAUAAAAGAAUAAGGAACUUUUUGAUAAAUAUUUAACAUAAUCAUAGAUUGUCAUUUUUAAUCAAGUAUGACACGCUUUGUAAGAGGAUGCUUGGUUCUUACUACAUUUCAGCAUGUAUUUUACAUCAUAUUGUUAAUCAUUGUGGUUAUAUUGUAAUAUCUAAUUAUUCACAAAGGGCCCAAAUCAUAAUCUAACUUAUUUUCUACAGUUGUAACCUAACCUCAAAGUCCAGUAUUUGCAUCUCAGUUAUGGGAAAAUAUAGUUACACUUGGCAGUUAAAGAUUAGUGAAAAACAUUGUUUGUUAUGUAAUGGAAUUAUGUAUAACAAUUUUAUAUCUUAUGCUUAUAUGUGAUAAAUUUUGUAUUCAGCUGUGUUCUAAUUUAAGGUGAUCUGUUUUUGUCAUACUAUAAAUAAGAUAUUUUUACAUGUGCUUA